AUGACCGGCCUCGCAAUCAUACAUGAAGACUACGAAGACCCAACACCGACACCCAACACACCAGCGAGAGGAUGGGUCGUUUGUCGUCGCGACUCUCCCGCGGCCCACACUCUCGAAGCUCCUCCAAACCCAAUGUUCGUCGUGACGCCUAGCAUUCUCGUCAACCGUAAUUGUUCCGCGGAGUGUGAGGAUGAGAGGAUGAGGUUUCUGGGAUUCAAGGUUGCGUUUUAUGUUGAUGGGCCGGUUCAUAUGCUGGAGAGUUGA